UGUUUUUACUUUUCAGUUUUGGUUUGUUUUGCUUAGUUUGAUACGCUUGAAUACUUGAUGGUAGCGGUUGUAUUUUUCCAUUCGAAUAUAAUAUUUUAAAAGCGAGAAAUGCAAAGUGCUUCAGAUAUAAUAUCAUCGUUAUUGUGGUUCAAAGACGAAAAUUGUGCGGAUGAUGAGAAUGAUUCUCAAAUAAUAGAGCAGUUUGUGCAAAAUGUUGAAGAUUUUAGUUCACAGUACGGGAGCGAAAUCAGUGUUUCCUAUACUGCAUUUAAUCUUCGUGGACCGCCUUCAAACUUUCCAGAUUAUGGAGACUAUCCCCAAGCGUUUGUAAUGAGAACCUAUGGAACAUGGUGGGAAGAGGCACCCUCAGUACAAGAGGAUUACAUGCCGCAAAAUUCCAAUAGCAUUCCUAGUCAGGAUUACGUAGAGGUGUCAUUUGAAAGAUCAGUGUAUCCUCUUGAAGUAGCUGUGUUUGAGACUUACAACCCAGGUGCUUUAGUAAGAAUUUGGGCAUAUGGACCCACAUCAUGGAUUCUAUUAUGGGAAGGGGAACCAGAGUAUGCGGGCGACACUCCAAGGAUUUUUAGCCCACCAAUACGUCAGAUUAAUUAUCCUACAAGAAUCUUACGACUGGAAUUCAACCACAGAUUACUUCCAUACUACACAGAACUUGAUGCUAUAUUAUUAAGAGGGAGAGAGCCACCCAGUGUUAUGAAAAUUAAAAAUAAUUUUGCGUAUUCAACCCUGUUUUACAAAAAGGCACAGCCAGAAAAGGGCAUGCUCCUGAACAAAGUAAUAGCAUCAAAUCUUCAUGAAAAUAUACUGCCUCCAAGUUUAAUAUCAAAUAGUGAAAAAUUUAUAGAUUCUGCACCACCCUUAGGCGACUUUCAAAGGCUGCCGGAUGAAACGAUUCUAUCUGUGAUGAAAUACUUGGAUAUGCAAUCGCUAUGCCGCUGCGCUCAGGUCAAUAGACACUUCCGUAGGUUGGCGUCAGAUGCUAUUCUCUAUCGGAGUAUAGACCUCAGACCUUAUUGGUACUGCGUCAGAUCACAGGUUCUGAUGACGCUGUCGAAGCGAUGCAAGUUCCUACAGAAACUUGACCUCUCUUGGUGCGGAAGCCAUUGCAUGAUACAGCCGCACUACGUCGUCAAUUUCUUGAAAGACAGUGGGGCUGAGCUAACACAUUUGCGUAUGAAUUGUUGUAAAUUCGUUGACAACUCGGUGCUAAGAGCCAUUGUUGACACCUCGCCCAAUUUGCAAGAAUUAUGCCUCCGUUCAGUGCUCACUUGCUCCGACUGGGUGUGUCUCUCUGCCUUGACCAAACUGAAAAGGUUGGACCUUUACCGAACACAUAUAGCAACGACGGCUGCAGUUGCUAUUAUCAAAUCAAAUCCUGGCCUGCAACAUCUGAAUGUUGGUUCCUGUAAAAUGAUAUCCGGUAUGGACGAAGUGGCAAUAGCAUUGGGCACAAAUUGUCCAGAGCUGAUGUCUGUGGACUUCUGGAAGUCGUAUUCGCUGACUGCGGUGGGCAUACGAGCGUUGGGCAACUGUAGGAAACUGCAGGAGUUGGAUGUUGGAUGGUGCCUUCAAGCGGGCGGUUCCGGCGAGUGGCUGGCGUCGCUGAGCGGCGGCGAGCUGCGCAAGCUGUUCCUGGGCGCGCUGCGCGGCGUGUGCGACCGCGACCUGCGCGCGCUGCUGCCGCGCGCCGCCCGCCUCGCGCAGCUCGACCUGCUGGGCGUGCGCGCCGUGUCGCCCGACAUAUGUGCCGAUAUAUUGGCUGAGUGUAGAGAGCUGCGGCUUCUCGAUGUCAGCUUCUGUGACCAGAUUCAAGAAUCUCAGGUACUCGAAUGGCGACGUCAGUACCCGCACGUUAGUAUUAAAAGGUCAUUCCAAACAGCCAAUCUGAGCGCAGCUCCGAACCCACUGUUUCUUGCUCCGAGUCUCGAGUAAAAUGUUGUUGUUUGUUUAUUGUCAGAUUCGAUACAGCAUUGUUGUUUUUGACAAAUUUCUGUUUUAUUGGGAGGUGUUUUUUUUGUUGUGUAUGCGGAGAAAAUUUUCUAUCGGAAUAAAUUCUCAUCAUCUCUUUCCUGUGAAGAGUCGGAAGAAUUUAGACAUUAUUAGAAUAUAAAUAAAUAAAUGGUAGUUAAUGUCAUGUUUGUUAUAUUUAGAGUCCAUUUUCGAUUCUUGGUUAAAUUUAAUUCGCCGGAUAUCGUUAUCAACAACACUUUCAAAAAUGUGUGCUAAUCAUCUAUUGAUACAAGUGACAUUUUUAUAUUGUUGUGUAAUACUUAUUGGACGGAUGGGCUUUGAGAAAUUAUUGAAAAAUCGACCUUAAGAAUCCGAGCAAAUGUUUCAAAAUAAAAGCUUUAAUCUGGAGUAUUCGAAUGCGUCAGAAUCACAAGACUGAUUGGAAACAUUUAGAAGCAAAAUUGAAUCUCAUGGUCCUGCAUAUAAACAUUGGGAUGCUUUAUCUAUAAAUAUUAUGCUAUAUCAAAAAGAGCCAAAAUUUUGUUAAAUCCAUGAUUUUUAUUUAAAUUCAUUCGUUAUUAAUAAGGUAGAUUAUACUCGAUGUUGUACUUAUUACUGUUGGUUAAUGAACAUUGAAAAAUUUUAUAUAAUUCAAUGUGAUUUGAUUGUAAUUAACGUUACGUUACACUACGAGAUUUUAUAUAAUGUAUAUCAUUACUCUAUAAGGUUAAAGUUUAUAGGAAAGGUCAAUUCAAAUUAUUGCAGUUAAAUUGUAUCCCUAAAUAUUGAAAAUGAAACGACUUUUCGGGUAUCUUUGACUUUCUUAAGUUAUGGAUUGUUAUAAGUUUUCCACAACAUGAAUAAUUCCCAAAUAGGACAUAACCGUAAAUGUGAUAGUAAUAGAAACGUUAGAACUGUUUUAUUAUCCAAAUUGACAAAGGCACAUUUCUUUUGCACCGUAUGUGUGAGGUUAUCGCAUUGUUUUUCGUUUUAAUUUAUUUUCUCUUAAAGUAUGCGAUUAAAAGAUAAAAUUUAUUGUUUUCUGUGAUAACAGUAUCAAAGCAAAGAAACGGUUUAUUUAAUGGUCAUAAAGCACCGAAAUUUUUAUUUAUUUAUUUAAAAACACACAUAAUAUACACUACCUGUUGGUACUGUAAACAGUGAUCCCAAUUUGAUAGAAACAACAUAUUAUAUAAUAAAAACAUUACAUUAUGUUUUCAAUUUACCCUAAUCUAUGUUAUUUGCUAAAACGCAACUAAAUUAUAUAAUCGUGCACCGUUAGAUUAUCUGUCUUGAAUACUUAAUUCUUGAGAAAUGUUUAAAAAAUAUGAGAAAUUUGAUCACGAGGCGGGAUUUGAAUCCGCGUUAUUUUGCCAAAGCGUAGCUGCGUGCCGUGGCAAAAUGACGCGGGUUCGAUUCCCGCCUCGUGAUCAAUUUAUUCUAUUCUUAAAAAACGUCUCAUUAAUAAAGCAUUUGUUGGCUAUAAAACUAGACAUUAAAUUUAUACAACGUAAAUAAUCUACAGUCAUUUAGGAAUAAAAGACUUUUUUACGGAUUUGAAACGCAAUGUAUUCACGCAAAUGAAUAAAUCGCGUUUAAAAUUCGUUAAAAAGUCUUUAAAUUCUAAAUGUAUAAUACUCGCGUAAAAUCAAACAUAAGAAUAAUAAUACUAAUCUACAGUCUGGCAGCAAUAUCAUAUCAUACCGAUACACCCGAAAAUUAUUAAUUAACUUACCAGCAAGAUACGCAUAUCUUUGUUUUUCUAUAUGAAUAAACGAUA